CACGAGGCUGUCGCACCCCCCAAGUGAUGUCAGCUGUCACGCUCCUUCCGCAACAGGGCUGGCAGUCAGAUGAUGGCUGCCGGCCUUUUUCAUAUAACAGACAAAGGAGGACUCUGUUCCUGACACUCCAUGGAUCACGUUUCUAAAGAUGACUUCCAGUACACAUAGCAGCGGUAAGCUGUCUGUUGAACCAGAGACAGACGUCGAUAUUGUUGCUGUCCCCUCGAUCGGAGGCGACCCAAGUAAAACAUGGGUCGACGAGGCUUCUCAAAGACCAUGGCCUCUUACCGGUAUAGCAAAGCACAUGCCGAAUGCGCGAGUGCUACUGCUAGAUCAUGGAACCAUCAGCCCUCAAGAUGACAUGGAUUCCUUGGCUCACAGACUUCUCGGCCAGCUUCUUUACGAAAGACAGCACACAAGUAGUAGACGGCCCAUAUUCUUCAUUUGCCACGGUACUGGUGGGCUUGUGGUAAAAACAGCCCUGGUUAUCGCUGGUCAUUCCGCAUCUCACCUUAACUCCGUUCUCUCAAGCUGCUAUGGGAUAGCGUUCCUGGCAACGCCUCACAAAGGAUCGACUUAUCUUUCCGCGCCGGAAUAUGCCAAAACUAUACGUCGCCUGAUGCAACCCAGAUAUCACGUUCCACAUCAAAUGCGAGAGUUGUUUAGGCCUCGGCAUCCAAGACUUCUUCACUUGACCAACCAAUUUCGGUCUAUAUCGGCUGAUAUGAAGAUAUGGUCCUUUCUAGAGACGGUGGAUUCAAUACUUACUAUUACGGACUCGGGCACACGGGGGAUGGUGGAAAUGAAUGUACCCAUCACCUCUAUCAGAUCAGGCCUCUUGGAUUUCGAACACGAAAAAGAGAUUCCGCUAGCAACUGAUCAUGUUGGGACAGCGAGCUUCAAAGGUCAAGAAGCAACCACGAGACUAAGUUUCAUAAAGGAACUCCAGGCGUCUGCCUCGAUAGCUCGUCAAUUGUCUCUCAUGGCGGAUGCCCCAUUGCAUGUGGAGGAAGAAACGCUCAUCCAAGUUAAUGGAUUCUUUGAAGACACCGCUCGAGGGGUCAGCGAUGAAACACCUUUGAAGCUCUGGUCCACCAAGACGCGACUCAGUGAUUAUCUAAAGGACGGUCCCUCGAUUUGCUUGGAAGAUCGUUUGAAAAACACAGAGAGAAUUCCUUCUGGCUCGUUCGAUGACUCGUCAGUCAGCAGUUUUGACAGUCGGCCAUCUUCAGCUAUGGGCCUUUCCGAGCUCAGCUCUUUCGAUGAACUGGAGCCAGAAGAUGCGGACGUUGCUCAUACUAAGAGCAUUCCAUCCAGGCCCGCGAUGAAAAGGAGCCGCAGUUAUUUAGCCCAGACUUCCCCCAGAAUUCAUGUCUCAGAGCCUGCCGUUGAGAGCUACUUUGAUGCACAUAAUGAGGAUUUACCAGCUAGGGACAAUAACACAGACGCGAGGAGCGAUAUCCGUGGUGAAAAUAUGGCUAGCUUUUCCUCUCAGUAUAAAGGCCUUCUUCCCGUACCACCACCUGCGAGGGAACGAUUGAAUCAAAAUCGAUGCGAAGUUCCCCGAGCGACGCCUCGAUUUGACCGUCCCGAGCCGGGUAGCGAAAAACUUGUCUGGAUACACGUUCCCUAUACACAUACUGGAUGGGUGCCUCCAGUUCUGUCCAAGGCGUGCGAGGACGAGCAACGACCGGGAUUUUUCAGGAGGUUCGUCAACGAAGAGAAUUGGUAUUCAAAUCUUGUUAGGGCGCGCCAUUUAGAACCCCACGCUCGUUUCGUACGACCUACAUGCAUUCAUUCCAGACAGGACGACCCUGCAAACGUUGAUAAGGGAGACAGUAUUCAUGACCCUCAGCUUGCCAUAUACCUUCCCUACCUUCAUUGGGACACAUAUUGCAAUCUGCUUCACCGGCGAAAUGCUGUCGAGCAGCGUCUACGGCAAGGAAGAUCAAAACCAGUUCCCGAUUCUAUUUCCAAAGCCAAUCUUGAAUCGCAAUUGAUCUGGAGAUUCUUAGGCAAUGAGCCUCCUAUUCAUAUCCGGAGGACCAUAGAUCAGUAUGGGUAUCCGAACCUACGAUCCACAGUAGCCAGGGAUGACGAUCAAAUGCUCUGGAAACGCACAAAGAAACCGAUUGACCCGAAUGAGGAGCUCGGACAACUCUCGUCUGUUCAAGAUACGGGUGAUACGGGUGACCCUCCGAAGCCAAUCAUGGAUGGAAAGGUUCUUAUGGUUGACCAACUCUGGCUAUGGAUUGUCGACCCAAAAACCGUGGUUACAUUUUUCCCUAAGCAAGAAGCCACUACCGCCGAAGGAAAGCUUUACGAACAAGCAAACCUAUACAAUAGCAUUUACAACGAACUGAAUGGGGAUCUUGCAAGACGGUUUGAGACUGCCGGCGACCUCGCUGCAUUGAUAGUGCUGCAUGCAGUCACUGUUCUUCUGGACCGGACUUUACAUCAUGACCUGCAGGUACUUCGGAUAUUUGAAGAAUCUAUCAGCAUCUUGAUCGAGUCUAUGACCAGAUCAUUCAAACGUUUUCGAGGCCGAGGAUUCAUUGUCACACCUUCGGAUUACAACAAAACCGCCGGUGGAAAACCCAUGACUACUGCAGAGCGCUUUGAAAGGGACUAUCGGAUUGUCAACCAACACCGCGCAGACCUAUCGGCUCUCCUAGAGUUGAGGGAUAUCGUGGACGAAUUAGGCACUGUCUUGAAGCUCCUCGAACAACAAGCAGCUACUGUUAAAAUCAUGGCCAGCUACUUCGAGGAGAAAGGUUAUGGCAAAGCAUUCAUUGAAGCAGCUCUCUCAAGACUUGAGGAUUACCACACCCAGGUUCUAGAAAUGAAGGACAAUGCAUACUCGGCACAGAAAGAUGCCGAAAGCCUGCUCGAUAUCAAACAAGAGCAAGCUAAUAUUGACGAAUCCCGGAUGGCUCGGUGGCAGGCUGAAGUCACCCGAGAUCAAUCCCAGUCCGUCAUGGUAUUCACCAUUUUCACCGUGAUCUUCCUACCCCUGUCCUUUUUCACUUCUCUUUUCGGCAUCAAUGUUCGUGAAUGGAGCGGCGAGGAGCAAAACCUAACCAUGUCACAAAUGUUAUCCAUCGCAGGCCCAACCUCCUUCGCAAUUAUCAUAAUUGCCCUAUUGAUGGCCUUCAGCGAGCGCCUCCGGGACAUCACGGCAAAGACCCAGAAAGUUGCAUUCGGGAUAGCCAGGGAAUUUAUUUUCCGGCCCCUAGGCGUCAUGCUUCACAGGAACAAGAAUAAAUCAGCGGCGAACAAAAAGACCACCCCGUCGAUUACUACCGAACGCACCACCAGGAGGGAACGAUUCGGUCGAUAUCUCGGAAACCGUCAACUUAAGGACGACGAUAUCUGGGAUCGGCAUGAAGACCGAGUGAUAUCGCCGCUGCCCCCUGUUCUGGGGUCUGAUGGCGAGAAAGUGGACUAUGAUGCUGCUGGGAAGGAGAGGCGGCUGGAUCAGAUGGCCUGAGGUUCCAACUAGUAGCUCAAAGCACAUUUUCCUAGGUUCCUGCCUAGACUUGAGAUGUAAUACGACGUGAAUGACUUUAAUCAGCCAGCUACAAGGAACAAUUACUGC